AUGCGGGAGGAGUUCGCGGAGGCGCCAAAACCAUAUUCAUUCACGGUCCGGCCCGAGUUGUCGGCAGCGUUUGGACAUGCGCAGGCGAUAUUGGCAUUUUGUUACGAGUUCAGCAUGGGUUGUCAACCUGACUAUCCUCUAUGCGAGGACUUGUAUAAGAAGGCUGCUCUUCACGGGAGUGGGCUGGCCUGCACCCGGUUGUCCUUCUUGCGUCGGUAUGGUCGGCCAAGCGUUAGAAUCGACAGAGUAGAGGCCGAGGGUUGGAGUCGAAGAGUCAACGAAAUCGGUCCGUCGGCCAUACAAUGGCUUGUCGAAGCCGCGCAGACGUACGAGAUACCUUCUGCCAACUAUGCGCUGGGACUUUGCUAUCACGAUGGUGUAGGGAUGCCUAGGAGCCCGGAAAUGGCCGUGCAUUUCUACCGUAAGGCCGCUGCCGCGGAGCACCCAAGAGGACUUGGUAUUUUGGGAUACUGUUACGGAGACGGCUACGGUGUCGAGAAAGACGAAACUUUGGCCUUCGGGUACUACCUACGCGCGGCUCAAGUUGGGGAAUCGGUCUCGAUGUAUAACGUCGCCCACGCUCUGGAAGAAGGUGUCGGCACUGAGCGCAAUCUCGCCGAAGCUGUAAAUUGGUACCGUAGGGCGGCAGCCCUUGGAAACUGUUUCGCCCAAAAUGCUUUGGGAUAUUUAUUCGAAGAAGGAUUCGCCGGUUUGCCGAGAGACGAGGUUGCGGCCGUGCGGUGGUACGCGCUAGCAGCUCAUCAGGGGUACCCCUGGGCCCAAUGCAAUUUGGGGUUUUGCUUGGUUAGCGGCAUCGGUGUCGCUGCCCGGGACGAAGUCAGGGGCGCAUACUGGUAUCACGCUGCCGCACGACAAGGCCAUUCACGAGCUCAGCACAACCUCGGACACGCAUACCUUUAUGGCAUCGGCGUUCGCCGUGACGAACACCGGGCCGUCGAAUGGUUCCUACGAGCUGCACGAGCCAACAACCCUUUCGCCCUGCAUUCACUUGGCUACUGCUUUCACCACGGAAUCGCCGUUCCCACCGACGAGCGACGUGCAUUAGCACUGUACAGACGUGCAGCGAAGCUCGGUCACCCGCCAGCCCAACUCUCAUUAGGAAGAUGCUAUCUUGAUGGUGUCGGCGUGUCAACCGGUGAGGACGACGAACCAGAUACGGUGGCUCAGAAUAAUCGACGCGCAUUCAAGUGGAUACGACGGGCCGCCCUCGCUGGCGGCAACGACCUUGCCAUGAACACAUUAGCACAUCUCUAUGAGGCUGGGAUCGGUGUCCGUGCUUCUUUCCGCAAAGCUAUCACACAUUACUGGAAUUCGGCAAGAAUGGGCAACUCGUGCGCUCUAGCGAACCUGUCUUUUAUCACGCCUCUAUUCCGUCCAACCCCACAACAGGUGCUCCAUCUUGUACGCCUGGCGGCCAACGAGGGUCAACCGCGCGCACAAGAACGUCUCGGCGACCUCCUCUUCAUGGGCAACCCGCGGCUGAACCUACCCAGAGACUACAGCGAAGCUGUGAUGUGGUACGAGCUCUCCGCGAUGGGCGGAAACAUCACCGCAAUGACAAAACUGGGCAACUGCCUCGAAGGAGGCAUCGGCUGCGAGCGUGACGUUGACUCAGCAGUGGACUGGUUCGCCAAGGCCGCUGCGCUUGGCGACGCCGACGCCGCUCGAUAUCUGGCCCCUUUAUUGGCACUGAGACCUUCAAGACGCAGAAGACGACGUAUCAGACAAUCCGCUGCCACCAUCCCGGGCCAGGCGGACGGCGAUUCCGUCAUCGUCCUCUCGUCCUCUCCUUCAACGACAUCGCCCCUGUCCUCAUCCCUGCACCUCACCGGGCCAUCCGGGCUUUCCAUCACCAUCCCCGCCAUGCCUCUCACCCCUCCCUCCACGCCCGCGGAGGCCGAUUCCGCCGCAGAUGACGACGAAUUAGGAGCCGAGUCCUACAUCGAGGACGACGGCGCUGAAGACGAUGACGACGACGACUAUGAAGAGUAUGAAGAAUACGAGGAGUACGAUGAUGAUGACUUCUAUGAUGAUGACGAUAGCAUGGAGCCGUCCUCUGCGGCGUAUACGAGGGGGUUCUCGAUUGUGGCGGGGACUGUUGCCCCCGCGGCGUAG